AAUCUAUCAAGGUGCUUUUCAUUCCACAUGGCAAUUUCUUCACGAUGACAUCUCUAAAGUUUGUUUUCUAUCUGAUAUGUCUGUUCGUGUGGGAAAUGGCUCACAUGAGUAAUCUGAAAGAGUCCACGGUGGUGCGUCAAGAGAGUGGCUUUAUAUCAGCUAAUGUUGGUGACGACUUGACUUUACGAUGUUUCUAUGACGAUUCGGGUGCAAAGUAUCAUUGGUACAAGCAAACUCUCGGACAGAAGCCGAGACUUAUAUGUGUUACGUUUAGGUCUGAUAAAAAUGGCACUUUUUAUCACGAAUUCAAGAACAGUCCACGCUUCACACUGCAAACUAAAGCUGGUGAGAAUCACUUAAAAAUUUCAGAUGCACAAAUGUCAGACUCUGCUACUUACUACUGUGCAAGCAGUUAUUCAUUUAUGUUUGAGUUUGGGGCGGGCACUAUUGUCAGCAUAAAGGGUUCGGGUUUGAAGAUCCCAGCUUCAGUCCAUCAGUCAGCAUCUGAGACCAUCCAGCCAGGAGGCUCUGUGACUCUGAACUGUACAGUACACACUGGGACCUGUGAUGGAGAACACAGUGUUUACUGGUUCAAAACCUCUGAAGAAUCUCAUCCAGGACUCAUUUACACCCAUGGAGGCAGGAAUGAUCAGUGUAAGAGGAAACCCAACACACAAACACACACCUGUGUCUACGACUUACCAAUGCAGAGCCUGGAUCUUUCUCAUGCUGGGACCUACUACUGUGCUGUUGCCUCAUGUGGACACAUACUGUUUGGAGACGGGACCAAGCUGGACUUUGAAGAUGAGGUGAACUCUUCUGUCUUGGUGUAUUUCUUGAGUGGAGCUUUGGCAUUCACCACCAUCCUGGUUGUUUUACUGACUGUCUCAAUGUACAAGAUGAACAACAGCUACAAAGCUUCAGAGUCUCAAGCAAGAUCUGCAGGUCCAUCCACAGCACAUGCAGAGGGUCACCAAGAAGCAGACAACCUCCAUUAUGCUGCUUUAAAUGUUAACACUGCCUACAGAUCAAGAAGACAGAGAGACAACACCCAGAAUGAAUGUGUGUACUCCAGAGUGAAGCAGCAGAACUGCUGAAUGUGAAAUCUGUACUUUCUUUGAGAAUAAAAUAGGAUUGUCUCAGUAUUAUAUGUGGAUAUUAUGAAGAUAAAAUUGCUGUGGUAAUGUUUGAGACCCUCUACUUUCUUUGUUGUUUUCUUUUAAGCAGAAUAUCUUUACAGUCGUCCUUUUUUGGAUUGAUCAAUGUUGUGCAAGUGACUCAUGGACUUUGACAAUCAUUAAAAUAUGUCGUGGA